AAAUGGAAAGAAUAUCGGGAGUUUCUGGUUGGGUGGGUCAGAGGAGAGAGAGAGAGUACAUUUCAAACUAAAAGAGUAAAGAUUUGUGCUCAAAAAUAGAUUCAUGGCGGACUUGGCAAUGGCGCCACCACCGCCCCUUGAGGCUGCUCCUCCUGCCGCUCCCCUUCCCCUUCCCCCUCCUCCUCCAGCUCCGGCUUCGGCCCCGGCCCCGGCCCCGGCGUCUUCGUUGUUCUCCUUCCCUAAAAGGCCAGCAAUUCGUGUAACUUCGGAGUUGGACAGCGACAGCUCCAUUUUCUCGAACAAAGUUUCGUGCAAGUUGUUAGACAGCCUUGCGAAGGUGAAGUUGUCGUUCAAAAACGACCGCAAGGGUCAGCUCUUCCAACCCCAGCUCGCUUUUAUCUCCAAGCACCUCUCCAUUCACUACGACCUUGAGGACCGCAACGCUCUCCUCAGAGGCUCUUUCGAUCUCGCUCCUGGCUUGCAGCUCCGCGCUACCCACGAUGUCAAGGCUCAGGAAGGGGAGAUUGCGAUGGUUACUAGGCUUGCUGAGCCUAACUAUGCCUUGGAGCUUUCAUCUCCUGUUCCAACCAUUGGUUUGCCAAGGGCAACCUUUAAAUUCCCUCGUGGCCAAGUCUCGUUGGAGGAGAGGGUGGAGAGGGAAGAGGAGGAGGAAACUCACAGGGUGUUGUCUAUUAAUGGCAUUGUUAAAGGCCAUCUUUUGAAUGGCAUUUGUACUGCCCAGUAUGCUGAUGAGGAAUUGAUACUCAGAUACUCCUAUAAGGAUGAACAAAUGUCCUUUAUCCCAGCUAUUUCUUUGCCCUCAAAUGCAUUAUCAUUUGCCUUUAAGCGUCGUUUUGGUCCUUCAGACAAAUUGAGCUACUGGUACAAUUUUGAUGCAAACAAUUGGAGUGCUGUCUACAAGCAUACAUAUGGUAGAGACUUGAAAUUUAAAGCUGGUUAUGAUUCAGAAGUACGUCUUGGCUGGGCAUCUCUUUGGGUAGGAGAGGAAGGUGGUAAAGCAAAGGCAGCCCCGUUGAAGAUGAAAAUUCAAUUUAUGCUGCAAGUGCCACAAGAUGACAUAAAAUCCUCAGCCUUGAUGUUCCGAUUGAAGAAGAGAUGGGACAUUUGAUAUGAUAUUAGAAGUAAUUUUUUUGUCUACUGUUUUUUUUAGCAGCAAAGCAAAAGCAAUUAACAAUAUAAUGAUCUGUAUUUUGAACUUUUUGUAUGUUUGGAAUAGAAAGAUGUUUGUUUCUAUUUCUGACAAAAUAUAUAUUUUUUAAUGAAGAAGAGAGUUGAAAAGAA